AUGGAAAAGGAGCCCCUCCUUCCCACCGCCAUCCCGAUCUCGAGGAGGAAGCUGUUUUCCCCUUCGAACCCUUCUUCCAUCCUCUGCGCUCUGCCGGAAGAAUCGGAGGUCUCCCUCCCGCCCUUCUCCCCGAACCCCCCAUCCUCACUCAAGGAUCGGCUCAUCUUCGGCCCUCAUCCCGGCGACGCCCUCAACCUGAUACUACCCUCCUCCCCCCCGCCCCAGUCCCCGCCGCCGCUCAGGUCUCCCCAAUUACUUUUUUCCUCCUCCGUCGGUGGCGCCGCGCCUUCUUUCUCUCGCUGGGAAGAUGAGCCCGGUAACAACGGCGACGAGGGGGGAGGUCACUCGGAGCAGCAGCCCCCUCCGCAGUGGCUCGUCGACCCGGCAUUCACCAGGUUCAAGUCCAACCUCCACCGCUCCCGGACAGCCCCGGCUAUGUCGGUCAUCAACGAUGUCGACGCCGCCGCCGGCCACCACCACGCGGCGGAGCCCCGGCCAGGGUCGGCGCCCAUCGUCCGGCAGGCGGUAAUCCUCCUCGUCGUAUACCUCUCCUUUGGCGUCCUCACCUACACCUUCAAUCGCGCCCACUUUUCCGCCAAGGAGACCCACCCCAUCGUCGACGCCUUCUACUUCUGCAUCGUCACCAUGUGCACCAUCGGCUACGGGGACAUCACCCCUCAGACAACCUCCGCCAAGCUCUUCUCCGUCGCCUUCGUCCUCAUCGGCUUCGGCUUCGUCGACAUCCUCCUCUCGGGCAUGGUCUCCGUCGUGCUCGACCUCCAAGAAAGCCUCCUGCUCAGCGCCGUCAAGGGCGGCAAUGGCGCCCAGUCCUACCUCGUCGACGUGAAGAAGGGGAGGAUGAGGAUCCGGCUCAAGGUGGGCGUCGCCCUCGGGGUCGUCGUCCUCUGCAUCGGCCUCGGGACGGGGGUGAUGCACUACGUGGAGGAGCUCGGCUGGGUCGACUCCUUCUACCUCUCGGUCAUGUCCGUCACCACCGUCGGCUACGGCGACAGGGCCUUCGAGUCUCUCGCCGGCCGGAUGUUCGCCUCUAUCUGGCUUCUGGUCUCUACCCUCGCCGUCGCUAGGGCCUUCCUCUACUUGGCCGAGGCGAGGAUCGACAAGAGACACCGGUCCAUCGCCAAGUGGGUUCUCCACCGGAACAUGACCGUCUCAGAGUUCCUCGCCGCCGACAUCGACCAUAAGGGCUUUGUCAGGUCUACUUUCCUUCCACACAUCCCCCCCUCCCGCCGCCGCUGCCACCGCCUGUGUCCUACCUUGCUGCCUGGAUCUCUCUACUAAUCUGCUGGCCGUAUCGAGUCCUUCCCCUCCCCCCGAACAACAUUAGGAGCAGCGGAGCUUUGCCCCUUGCCUCCUGGAUCGACUGAUUGAAUCCAGUCGCUCAUCAUUCAUUCUCCGAAUCAGGACUCUGGGAUUUAGCAUCAGGGGUUGCAGAGACUGAAUAGAAUUCUUUUGGGUUCUUGGGAUUUAAACUUAUGUUGGUAGAAUCGGAUGAAAACCUGUCCUUCUGUCGGAUUCAUCUGAUGGCUGUUAUGCCUUCCGGCAGUCUUCUUGCUGGCCAGUUUCCUUUGGAAACUGGGUUUGGGUGGAUUAAGCCGAAGCUGCUCGCUUUCUCUGGUGCUCGGCGAUGAACAGGUGGUGGUGGUGGUGGUGCUGGGGGAGGGCGAUUCCUCUGCCAUUUCGUGUAGAGGAAGGAAUACAACUUUCUUUAGAGAAGCAAAUCUUGCGAAUGCAUGGCAUAUUUAUUAUCUGGAACCUAUAAUUUAGUAGAAGAUUUGUUCUUUCAGGGUUAGUGAAAAUUAGCUGAGAUAAACUCAUACCAUUAGACCAUUCUCUGGAGUCCUGCUGAAAUCAUACCAUCCGGUGUCAUCUUUUUCUCCUCAUUUCUUGUGAAUCUAUUGCUGAAAUCUCACCCGACUCGUAGAGUGCUUGUUGUUUGAACUCUUCGUUCUAGUGGAUUCAUCUUCAAAGUUACUGGUGGUGGUGGGAGAGACGGCGAGGAACGAACAUCCUUCGUCUACUUCGUUGAACUGCUUUUUGUUCUAAGUUUCUAAAGAUGCCACCAACGUCUGUGCACGAAACUCAUGCGACCCUGUUCUUUGCCAUUUACAGUAAAUCGGAGUUCGUCAUCUACAAGCUCAAGGAGAUGGGGAAGAUAGCGGAGAAGGACAUCCUGCCGAUCUGCGAGCAGUUUGACCGGGUGGACAAGGGCAACUGUGGGAAGAUAACCCUUUCGGACCUCAUCGAGAGUCAACACUGA